AUGUCCUGUUUCUCACUCCAAGUCCUGUUGGCACUGCUCCUGCAGGGGUCGCUGACUGGCGCUCACACCUGCCCCCCACAAUGCGUCUGUGAGACUCGUCCAUGGUUCACCCCCCAGUCCGUCUACCACGAGGCCCGCACAGUGGAUUGCAACGACCUGCUGCUAACUCACGUGCCCAGCAAUCUCUCCUCGGACACGCAGGUCCUUCUGCUGCAGAGCAACAAGAUAUCCAAAGUCAACGGGGAGCUUCAGCAUCUGUCCAAUCUGACGGAGCUCGACCUCUCACAGAACCACUUUUCCAGAAUUAGCGACGCUGGAUUGGCUAAUCUCUCCCGCCUCAUUACUCUUUACUUAGAGGAAAACCAGGUGGAGGAGCUGCCCGACCACUGCUUGAGUGAUCUAUCUUCUCUCGAGGAACUUUAUAUAAACCACAACCGCAUCUCCUCCAUCGAGUCCUUGGCGUUUGCCGGUUUGACCAGUCUGCUCCGGCUACACCUCAAUGCCAAUCGUCUCCGUGCCAUCGACCACCGCUGGUUCCUCUCCCUCCCCAACUUGGAGAUCCUUAUGAUUGGAGAGAACCCCAUCUCCCAACUACACACCGGUAGCUUCCGGCCGCUGGGACGACUUCACAGCCUCGUCUUGGCCGGGAUGGAGCUCAGGGAGGUCCCCUCUGACGCUUUCGAAGGGCUGGACUAUCUGGAGAGCUUGUCAUUCUUUGAUAAUCACCUGACACACGUCCCCACCGGGGCCCUGAAAAGUCUGCCUCUCUUGAAGUUCCUGGAUCUCAACAAGAACCCUAUUGCAGAGGUACAGGCAGGGGACUUCCAGGACAUGCUGCACUUGGAGGAAUUGAGCCUCAACAGCAUGGAGGAACUGACGGGCAUUCACAAAGGCGCUUUCGAGAACCUCCCAGAGCUGGCCAAACUUGAACUGUGCAACAAUCCGCGUCUCUCGUAUUUGCAUCCCGGUGCAUUCGAGGAGGUGCCUGCUCUUCGCACGUUGCUCGCUAGCAAUGCAGCCCUCAGUCUCCUCCCACUAGGGGUGAGAGAUGCCUUGCCCGCUUUGGCUGAGCUCAGUCUUUAUGGGAACCCGCUGCGCUGCGACUGCCCAGAGGCCUGGCAACCAUUAGCCACAGGGGCCAUACGGUUGAUUGAGUCCCCAAGCACUCUCUGCACCUCACCUCCGAUGGCUGCCGGGCAACAACUCCAAGAAGUCCUGAAAAACAGCAUGGUAGGAGCUUGCUUGCCAGAUAUCUCCUCCAAGGGUCUCCCCGAACAGCUGGAGGUACCCUCGGGCUCGACAGUAGCUUUGGAUUGCCAGGUCAGCUCAGAACCCCCAGCACAACUCCACUGGAUAGCACCUUCUGGGGAAAAAGUGACCACGGGGACAGGGAAGCUGCACCUGAGGGUAGGGGGGACCCUAGAGAUCAGCCCGAUCAGCCCAGGAGACUCCGGAAUCUACACUUGCGUGGCAUGGAAUGGACUGGGCUCUACCAGCCGCAGCGUGGCAGUGGCCGUGAUCAGCGAAAGACCCAUCACCCCUGCCAGGCUGCUGGUCCUCGCGAAGAAGGUGCAGUCCCAUUUUGUGGUGGUGGAGUGGAUGAUGGCCUUCUCAGACGGGCAGGGGAAUGAGAGGAGCGGUGUGUCAGCAACCCCCCAGCCACCUCCUCCUUCGCCAUGGUCCUCGGCCACCAUGCGCAUCCAUAACACCCACCUGAGCUACACAGCGCGGGUCCCGGUGGGUAUCCGUGAAUUCAAUCUCACGCACUUGCAGCCAGCCACCCGUUAUGAGAUUUGCCUCACCGUGAUGUCCUCUGUCCCUAAGUCCUCAGAGGCUGGUGGUUACACCGAUGUUCCCCCAUCCUUGGCCGUCUCCACGGGCUCUUUGGCAUCUCCCACGAGUCCUUUCGAAACAGUCUUGGCAACCACUGGUGCUUCUCUUGGCUCGCUGGCAGCUCCCAAACGCUCUUCAGCAUCUCCCGGGGGCCACUUGGCAGCUAUGCUUUCCUUAGCAACUUCCAGAAGCUCCUCGGCUUCUCCGACUGACCCCUUGACAAUCUCCACCUUCCCUCCGCCCCUUCCACACCUGCCUCGCGUGCAGCGCUCUUGCCUCAACGUCACCACCAAAGAAGCUUCGCUCUCUGUGGAACUAAUGGGCGGGUGGGCUGGUGGCGCAGCCCUGGCUGCGGUGACCGGCUCCUUGCUAGCAGCCCUGAGCGCUGUGCUCCUGCUCCUCUACGCCUCGCGGUGGCUCAAGGAGAAAGGAUGCCGCCACUCGCUAAAGAAAUACAUGCAGCACGCGGCCGCCAUUCCACUCAAUGAGGUCUAUCCACCCCUGAUCAGCUUGUGGGAUGCUGAGGGAGACCCCCCUAUGCCAAUGGCGCCACUUUCACAACUGGCUGCGCCCAUGCGGCCGCCCACACCUCCCGCCACAGUAGGACACGCUCUUCUGCUGUCACCCCCUCCUGGUCCGAUUGAUACUUCCAAGACCUAUCUAUGGCAACAGCCAUGAACGAGAUACGAGAUGGGCAGGCCCACGCACCUCUGACUCCGGCCAAUGGCAGGAAACCUCCCCUCCCCACAGAUUUUAGGGUAUAGG